AUGAGCUCACAUACUUCUACAAAGAAAAGUGUGGUGAAAACUUAUUUUGCAAAGAAAUACGACAAAGUCCUUGACUCCAUCCAAGCCGUGGAGGAAAGCAUUUCUGGUACACAACCUUCAUCAACGACAACGAGAUCCACAACUGCAGCAACCGUUACUCCGAUAUCCAGCAGGGCUCUGCUGCAAAAAGUGGCCGGAUCUCUAGUUAAUGCAUCCAUCGAACGAAUAAGACCUGAAAGGGAUGACACUUUACUUGAAUUCAGUGAAUCAUUAACAGACCAAUUCGAAUCUAAAGUGAUGUCUUCCACUUUUUCCACAAAGAGUGGUAGAGAUCAUUUCAUCGACAUAUUCUUAGAUAAACUUAUAGCAAGGAUAACACCAGAAAAUUUACCGGAAAGGGAACAUUUUGUACACGAGAGAACAGCUCAACCUGUCUCAAUUACCAUAUUAACUAAAAACUUGAAAAGUUUGACUGGUCAAAUGGAUGGCAUAUUUGAAGUUCAGGAUUCCAUAGUUCGAUUGUUAACUUGGAGAAAUCCCUCAGGGACAAUAACAAUGUUAAUCUUAUUUACAAUACUGUGCUAUAAUCCAAUGUAUCUGAUAUUAUUGCCAUUAUUUCAUGUCAUGUAUGGAUCGAUGGCACGUGGUUACAUGUAUCGACAUCCCUUAAGGAAAACAAUAUAUCCAGCAAGAAGAGAAUUUGGGAAAUCAUUAAUCAAUACUGUAGCAAGUGGAGGACCAAGUAUGGCCCAACAACCAUUAACGACCGUAGAUACCGCUGAAUCAUUGGAUCCCUCGUUAACGGAGGAGAAUGAUGAAGAUAGGAAUUCAAUUGAUGAUAGGAAAAGCUUAAAUGAUUUAUCAGGUAGUACAAAGAUAAUUGUCAAUUUAAGAGAUUUACAAGACAUGACCACAGGAAUAUUAAGUUUCCAUAAAUCAAUGGAGAAGUUCAAUUUAGAAGUGGCUGGGUUCAAAGACGAAUAUCAUUCCACAAGACUCUUUUUGAAACUCGGCUUAAUAUUUAUAAUAUUAUGGAGUCUUUCCACACAUAUUAACUGGGGAUUUUUGAUGAGUAGUUUAGCUUGGUCUCUGAUGAUUAGAUUUCAUCCAAAACUUAGAAAUAAAUUAUCUAAAAGAUCAAACAAGGAUGAAACCUUAGCAGAGAAGGAUUUAAAUUCACACAUAGGAUUGGCACCACCUAUAAACUCAAUUAUUCUGGACGAAAAACCAGAAGUUAGGUUUAUUGAGAUAUUUGAAUUAUAUCAAAGAGGAGUAAUUCCAAGAUAUUGGCGAUUUUUAAAAUUUUCUAAUAAAGUCUUUGAACCAGCUGAUCAACUCAGAAAGGCACAGCAGCAACCUCUCGGCGUUUUAGAUAUCACUGAAGUCCUUCCACCUUUAAGAUGGGAAUUUGAUGAAAAUUCAAAUUGGGAAAUUGAUCAUGAUGUUAGUAAAUGGGCUUCACAAAGAGGAUUGGAAACAGAGAUGGAAAUCGAAGGAGAUUUUCUUAUCGAUCCAUUAUUUAAGAGAAGAAGAUUAAUCCGCAAAGUCGUUAAAUAUGCGAACCCAAUACCAUUACCUGCACAUGAUUGA